AUGCGAUUAAGAGGGUCUUAUCGAGUGACAUUUUCGAUACCCUCAGAAAAGCUCGCCCUUCUAGAGAAGGGCGAGAAACCAUCCAAAUCGAAAGGGAAAAUGUCAUUUGAACAAUGGGGUAUUGGCGAGAGGGAAGAAAUGGUUCGUCUUAAGGACCAACAAUCUCCGAAUAUGACGUGGGAGAGAUUUCAAAAGGAACAUUGGCCAAGUCGUACCCCCGGCGCUUUACAUUUGGCUUAUAAUCAAACUAAAAGGGCGGCGGCCCUGUCAACGGAAGACACUCAGUCACAAGGAAGGCCUGCUGUUGGUAACAUACAUACACAAAAUUUGACGACACCCGUGAUGCCUGUCAAAAGGACGGCAGGUGAAACCCCCGAAUCCUUGGGGGACACUUUCCAUGCCGCGAAACGCAUAUGCUCAGACUCCAUCCAAAUACCCCAACCAGCCGCUGAGAAUACCACUAGUCAUGUCAGUCUGGGGAAUGAGCAUCACCAGCAGCCACCACAAAGCUCCCUCCCAGGAACCACCGAGCCACCAGGUAACGCAAGUCCGAAUAAGGACUUGCAGCCCUCUACUCCCGGAGUCGACUCACAACAACAACAACCACCACCACCACCACCACCAUCAGAAAAGGUCACUCCUGCUGCAGGCCAGGAUCCCACAAAUCUGCCCCCAGUUAAUCUCAUAUGGCCUGUUAAGCCGAUCGCUACAGCAGCAACUAGUUCGUCAGUAUCCAGCCAGAAAGCCAGUGCACCCGUGCAUAUCGUCUCAACUGGGGCUUAUGAGCAAUCCGGUCCUGGUGGAAUUGAGAUUGCUGCGUACGACUUGGCCCAACAGUUUACCGCUAGCUUCGCAGAACUACAACAUCGCGGUGUGCGACGAAAGCACGAGGUAUCUCAGCAUGAAGCAAAGAAAGCUCUUGCAAUUGGAAUUUUUCACGAAUUGCUUGGGGAUGCUACCAAGGAGCGCCUAGAAGCCUUGGAGAUAAUGCGUCAAGCCCAGAAAGCAGUUGCUGACAAAAAUGAGAAUAUAAAGUCCUUACAGGACGAGAACAAGAGGCUAAAAGAAAGCUUGACGGAAUCCGCAGCAGACAAGGAAAGGAUCAAGCAAUUGGAAGCCGAAAAUGGCACGCUCCACGGCAAACUAUAUUAUAUAUUCCACUGUGUUCAAUACCAGCCUAACAGCGAAGUACCACCUGCCCCCUCUUUUCCACCUGCACCAUAA